CAGAAAUCCCAUAACGUGAGGGGCUCAGCGCACUGGAGGGACGAGCUAGUUGUUUUUAGCUGUCUGUGUACUGGCUACAUCCGUAUUUAUAUCCAUGCAUCACCUGGCCCCGAGGGUGACUUGUAGUUUUGCUGCACACAGCCUCUUUAAUUCACCAAGUGUGCGGACUUAGAGCGAGCGAUGUCGGAGGAGGACUGGGCGGUAACAACAACAACAACAGGGCGCGCUGCUGUCCCGUUAGCAUCGCAACGUCCUCUGGUCCAUGUCGCUUAACACUGCAGGGAGAGUACACCCAUCAUCCACGCCUCCCGUCCAGUCGAGUCCAGUGCAAUCCGGUCUCAAAGCCCACCGGUAUGGCCGAAGAGGACCCCCAGCCUCAGCCGGACCAGGGGGCGAGGGGAAGCCUGCCCGGCCUGCUCCCCGGGCUGCAGGGCGCUGAAGCCAGUGCCCUGCAGCUCCGGAUCAAGAACUCCAUCUGCAAAUCCGUUCAAUCAAAGGUGGAAAACAUUCUGCAAGAUGUGGAGAAGUUCUCUGACAUUGAAAAACUCUACCUCUACCUUAAGUUGCCUUCUGGUCCCAGUGCUAGCCCUGAUAAAAGUGACCAGAGCGCCCUGUCAUCAAGCCGCACGCAGCAGAUGCAUGCGUUCAACUGGAUCCGCAACUAUUUAGAGGAAUACCCAGAGACUUCUCUUCCCAAACAGGAAGUUUACGAUGAAUACAAGAGCUUCUGUGACAAUCUGAACUACCACCCGCUCAGUGCUGCAGACUUUGGAAAAAUGAUGAAGAAUGUCUUCCCCAACAUGAAAGCGCGUCGACUUGGCAUGAGAGGGAAAUCUAAAUAUUGCUACAGUGGACUAAGAAAGAGGCCUUUUGUUCACAUGCCAUCUCUACCCACUCUGGAUAUCCAUAAAACAGGGGAUGCACUCCAGUGUGAUCUCCUGGAGUCAGCGGGGCAGCUGAGCGGCAUCAAGGAGGAGGUGCGAUUUGCAGCCUGUGACCUGGUGUGCGAGUGGGCUCAAAAGGUGCUGAAACGUCAGUUUGAUGCCGUGGAGGACUUGGCUCGCUUCCUUAUUGACAGCCAUUACAUCAGCAACAAGUCUCUGGCAGCUCUCACCAUUACAACCGGCACAGCAACAGAGGUUCAGACUCCUCCAACUGUAUCAGCGUUUGUCCCCACUGCUGAGGCUCACACCUUCCAGCCUCACAUGACCACGCUGUCCUCUCCUUCCAUCGAUGCAAAGCAGCAGCUGCAGAGGAAAAUCCAGAGGAAACAACAGGAGCAGAAGCUGCAGUCACCUUCACCUGGAGAGGGACAAGCUAAGAAGGCAGAUGAUGGUUUUCCUUGUGCCAGUCCCGCCCCUCUGUCACCUCAGCCUACCAUUGGUAUCGUGGUUGCUGCUGUGCAAAGCCCCAUCACGGCUCAAAGAGGACGCCAGCUGAUGUCCCCCAGUCCGAUGGGAACAGUGGAGAACAAAAUGUUGCCCAUUAAUUUCCAAAUGGUGACCCAGCCUGUUCAGGCAGUGAGGCAGAGCCCAAAGCCCCCGCAGAAUAUCCUUGCCAGUCCUUCUGGAGAACGCUCUGCUCGACAGCGGUAUGCGCAAAUCCUGCCUAAGCCUUCGCCUUCUAUUACUCUGCGCUCACCCUCAACAAUGAUCAUCGGCAACAGUCCCAUAAAGACUGUGAUGACCACUUGUCAUGUCAGCCCGGUGAGUUUGGUGAAAAUGACAGCCAUAUCGCUCACACCUAACAGCAGCACCACCACCACCUCCUACACAAACACCACUCUGCGGCCAGCGUCUGCAGGCAUCACCAGCUCCGCGGUUGCAGAAGACAUCAGCUACAAUCAAAGCAUGAGGAGCACCUCCGCAGUCCCAACUCUGGCCCUGGUGGCCAGGCCUGGACCGACUGCUGACACACCUACCAUGGAUGUUGAAAUGGAAGUAGAAGCUAUACAUAAAAACAGCCAAACACAAAAUCCUAACAGUCUAGUUUUGACUCAAGGAGCAGUGGCAAACAGAGCUGGAGGGGCCGUACAGAGGGCUGCCAGUGUGCCUAUACCUCAGACCAAAGGCUUCCUUGGUCUGGAAGAAACACCAAACAACACUGAAUGCAAAACCAAGUCCUUCUCAAGCACUACCACUGUGGCAGCUGUGGAAAGCAGCAAUAAUAGCGCUAAUACUACAAAUAAUAUGCACUUAACACCUUCCACUCAGAAUACCAGCACUCCUUCUUUACUGAACACCAGCCGAGCUUCGUCAAUCGGGGAAAGGAGCAGUUUCACAUCAGCAAAGGAAGUUUUAUUUGCCACUAAAAGCCUCAGGAAGCGCUCAGGCUUCAGUCCGGACCUCUCUCCUGUCAAGAGGGCUUUUAUUCCCCAGCAGCCAGCAGAGGGGGCUGCAGGUCCUGGAUAUGGGAUUCUGAACACGUUUACUAACAUCCCCAGGCUAGGAGCUUCAACUAGACCUGAAAGUGCACCAGUGACCAGGGAGGUAGAGAUGAAAAUGAAUUCUUCGUCUCAGGACCAUGCUCUGUGCACUUCCAAUUUCAGAGCCAGUGGCUUCUACUCUGUUGCCAAAACAUCAAGCUUGAUGCAGAGGAAAAACACUUCCACUGUUAUGGAAACUAGCCCUACAGUCAGUCAGACAUUAACACAGCAACAACAGGGGCAUACAGUGACCAUACCCAACAGCCACAGCCUCCAAAGACAACUAGGUGGGAGUGACGUUAGUUCACACUCUAACCACCAACAACAACAACAACAACAACAACAGACCUAUAUGCAGUCUAACCCUGCCACCGAACCCCUAGAUUUCUUCAAUCAAGUUUCAUCUUCGAGCCAGCUCUCCGUGCAGACCGACAUGGACUACUUUUCCUUUGAAGAUGACGUGACACAGGACAGCAUCGUGGAGGAGCUGGUGCAGAUGGAGGAGCAGAUGAAACUCAAUAGUAUGCAGGGGUUUGGAGACUGUGUUUCAAUGCAGGGCCAACAGGCUGUGAUGUCAGACAACGUCAUAUCCAACAAUCAGACCAUGACUACAUUCUAUCACCCUACAAACAGCAGCAGCAGUUGCAGUAGCAGCAACCCAAUCAAAACUCCAACACCCACGCCCACAUCAGAAAUCAUGGGAGGAGCCCCAGGCCUGACCAGGGAGAGCCCUUGCUCCCGCAUCGCCUCCACUACCCCAGUGGACAGCGCGCUGGGAAGCAGCCGUCACACACCAGUCGGUACUCCUCACUCAAACUGCAGCAGCAACGUUCCUCCCAGUCCAGUGGAGUGCAGAAAUCCAUUUGCAUUCACACCCAUCAACUCUAGCAUCACCGGUUUCCAUGACGGCAGCACCGUCUCCAGCAGCCCCGUCAAACCCAUGCAGAGACCGAUGGCCACCCACCCAGACAAAACCAGGCUGGAGUGGAUGAAUAACAGUUACAACAGCAGCAGUGGGAGCUUAAACAAGUCAAACAGCGGAGUUGGAAUCCUCCCCAGCUAUCAAGGCUUGAUCGGCGACCAGUUUCAAAAACCUCAUGCCUUUGCCGUCCCUCAUGCGAGGCACCAUGACAACCAUUUCGGCCGCUUGACUCCAGUCUCUCCUGUGCAGCAGCAGGUGGCUAACAUGGCAAAGCAGGAAGGAUUUGCUGUGCCUGCCCCUCUGGAUAAUAAAACCAACAACUCGCCUGCUUUUCGAUGUCGCAGUGUGAGCCCUGCUGUGCAUCAAAGGAAUUUUACUGGAAACACUGGAAACCUUCCACAUAUCCCUCGCUCAGUCGUGUCUCCCUUUAACUCUCCGGUGACACCCGAGGUGUUAAAUAUCUUUGCAAACACUCAGGCUAAUCUCGGUGUGAGCAGCAUGGCCCAGAGGAGUCAUUCUGUGCCACUUAACGUCAUGAUGCAAACAGAGGUCCUGCCUGCACCAGGCCAACAAUGCAACAGCAAAAACAUCACCAGUGUCCUUCUAAGUAAGCUGGAUGGGGGUCAUGAUGAUACUGUGCGGGGUUUGGGCAUUAAUAAUUUACCUUCUGGCUACACUGCUCGCAUGAACCUCACCCAGAUCCUCGAGUCUGACAACAACCUGUCCUGCAGCGACAAUCACCUCAGCAUGAUGAACUCUGACUCCAGCAGCACGUGCAACUUACAGAGGCCAAAUUACCUCAUGGAAAAUGCUGUUAAUGAACAGAUGAGUGAUAGUAGAGGCCUAACGGUCUCUGGAGAGCAGCAAGGACAACAGGCGCGGCCUAUGAUGUUAACUUUGAGCUCACAGCAGCGCCAGGAAGAUCACCAGCAGCAUCAGCGGUGUGAUUUCAGCAGCUCAGUGAAACACCUCCUGACAGACAACGGCCUCACUGCUGGCAGUCAGCUCAUGGAACAGGUGUCGGAGCUAACGUCAGGCGGGGCAGAUUUCCCGUGUGAAAUCAGAAUGACAUCGGAGCUCUCCAGCAGCAUCAAUGACCUUAAUGCACUGGAUACAAACCUUCUGUUCGACCCCAACCAGCAGCAGCAAGGGCAAUAUCAAAAUACUGCCGGGGAAGAGGAGGAGUUUGUGAACGAUGCACUGUUUCAGCAAAUCACCAGCGAGACAGCACAUUCAAGCGGGCUUGACUGGCUAGAAAGCAAAGAUCAUCCAACCGUUGGGUUGAUGGGUUAGUUUUCUUUAAGUCGUGUAUGAUAAGUUAAUCAACAUUUGCUGUCUGUUUUAUUUAUUUGUACCUUUUUUACACUUUAUAAUGUAACUCUGGAUACGUUGAGGUUCGUCCAGUUUAAGUGCCAGGCUGAACUGCAAUAAUGCUGCAACGCUCUGAUUCAAAUGCUGGUCAUUUCCAUCGAAUCAGAGAACACCGCCUCACCUUGUUUGAUCACAGGCAUUUACAACAUGAAAACCAAGGUGACUGUGUUAAAAUUCUCAGACAGCUUUUUAUAUAUAGUGUUUGAUAUGUCAUUUCAAUCAUGAGUCAUGGAUUUCUAAUUGUUAAAGCACUGUGGAAAUGUAUGUCAGCCGUAACUCUUUAUAUAUCAUUUAGUUGAGCCUAUGGCAACUACAGCCAUAAUCUGUUCUGAGAAAACCCUAGAAUAUAUAUUUACUGUGAUUAACAAUAUGCUGUGAAUUAAACAUGUGCGCCUGAUUCAUGACAAAUGUUAAGUAUCAAAAGUGAGACGAGCGAAGAGGUUUGAGCUCUGUGUACUUACUAGUUUGAGUAGGAUAUCUGGAUUCAGUGCAUUCGUAUAAGAAGAUAUGUUCAAAAGUAUGCACUCAGUUUAAAGAGUUAUCAUUUAGAACCAAAUUCAUCCAUGUAAAUGCAUUUGAUAUAUCCUCAUGAUCAGAUGUCACCAGUGACUGAUAAUAAUAAUAAUAAUUAAUAUGAUGUAUAUUGGACCCAGUCAGUGAUGUAAUUAGACCUCUUUUGCACUUUUUUUUGAAGCCACAUUUUGUAACAGAGUUGAGUUUAUAUCACUCAAAAGUUCAAAGAACUGCUAUUAUUUACAUGCACUCUUCUUUCUUUGUAAAUUGUAUCAUCCACAUUUUAAGUAACAGCAACAUGCUGCAUAGAAAAAAGGCAGAAGUCCCUUAAUGGUUCUAAAUUGUUUAAUGGGGACACAUUCAAAAGAAUGAUGAGCUCUUCCCUACGCCCUCGACAAAAGCUUUAUUUAUUCACUGAGUAUUUAAAUGAUAUUUCUACGACAGUAAUGUCACAGAGCAUUGUGAGAUACAUUUCUAUGAAUAUGUGAAAAGUGAAUAUCAGACGAGCAGUGAAAGAUGAGGGCUUGACCCCUUCAUAACCAGUAGGGAAAAGGGAAAAUGUAUUUAAAUUAAAUUCUGAACCUAAGAUGAAACUAAAUCCCUUUGAAUGGGAUGUUCCUGCACUUUUAAAGUAUAAAUAUGGAACAGUUAGAAAAUAAUAAAUUUAAUGAUAGCCAUUUUACGUACACUCAGUAAAUACAUUACUUGUUUGGUGGGCAAGUUGCACCUUAGAGUUACAGGUCUUCUUUUGGAAACUACAGAAUGCACUAAGUAGAUGAUUUAGCAGAGAAUAUCACUUUAUCUGUAAAGUUAGCAACAUGAAGAACUUGAAAUCUUUGGUUCCCAAUGUAGUAAUCAAACUUCUGCUCUGACAAUCCAAGAUACUUGUUUCUUAACAGAAAUGCAAAGAGUUUGGUUUGGAAUACUGUAUCAUUCAUGCACUGAGGUUUAACAACUAAUCACUGAUCAAAUGUGGAAGUCUUGCUUUACACUGAUGGUGGGCUGUGUGAAAAAGUCACAGAUGCCCGUGAGGGUUCUAGUUUCUGAGCCUUAAGUCCAUACCAAAGACAGAAUUAUUUCACUAAAUGUAAACUGAAAUAACACGCACUUAGAUCCUGGGUGUCUAAUAUAGAUCUCCUACAUGAUGGAAAUACUAGUCCAGUUACUGUUGAAAACAGCAAUAACAAAUACAUAUUAUAAUAUGAAUAACAAAGUGGUAAAGAAAUUGUUGCAUUUGCUGCGCCGGAAGUUAUAAAAUUAAAUAAUUUGAGUAUAUUAAGGUUUUUGUUUACUACUGUUGAAGCUUUUAAGAACCCAACAGUAAAAUACUGUUCAAAUCAAGGGGAAAAAAACACUAGUUCAAUCACAUACUGUGUUUCUGUUUUAGUGCUGUUCGUAUUGUUAGUCACACUAACUUUGUUUGUUGUACAGAUUAUCUUGUGUGUUUUUAUUUCACUUAUAUUUAUAAAGUGUGUUGCUUGUACAGAAGACUUAACCCUAAAAACCACGUAAUCUUGUGAAUUCACAGUAAUCGCUCUUGCACUGUCGUGUUUUGUAGCAUACUUUAUUUUAAGUGUCACUGGAUACUAUCACCUACCACUAUAGACGAUACAGAUGGCCUGAAAACAAUGAUGUGAAUGAUUAUAAAAAUUGAGCUUCACCCAACCAUCCAAAACCUUCAGGGAUUAGAUUUUGAGUGAAAAUUAUCCCUGAAAAUAUUUGCACACAUUUAAAGAUGUGAGGAUCAGACCAUCCAUAACUGUUAGGUGUGAUAUAAAGGUCCUGAUAUAAUGGAAGUAAAGUGAAUCUCUAUCAAUGUGUUGAUACAUUGAGUUGUUUUAUACAUCCUGAAAUCCUUCUGCAGAAGCAGUUAAUAUCAUUGUAAUAUAAUGUCUCAUUUUGAGAAUUGUUUGACAUUGAGCAUUCAGACAAACUUUUCUUAUUUAUAUUCAGUUUUUGAAUCUGUUUUCUCACUUUAUGUUUAUCUUUACUGUGUCUGUGGAAAAGGUUUGCAUUUAUUGGCUUUAGCACUGAUGUUUGUGUUUAAUGAAGAUUUUACCCUUCCUCUUGUUGAAAGUGGUUCAGAGCUGUAGACCUGCCCUCCACUGUUACGUUGCUUUUGGUCGGUGGACCGGGAUUUCAGUUUUUUUGCAUUUUAGCAAGUGCUUUUAUAAGAGGAAGUGCUUGUUAUUAAUACUGGUUUGUAAAGUCUUUUUAAACUAAUAAACAUUUUUUAAGUAUA